AUGACUAGUUUUGACACGCUCUUCCGAUCGGAGCAAAAGGUCAUCAUGUCGAUGGACAACAUCGUCGACUCUGUUUUCACGGCGCCUUACAAUGUGACGAUCACAGCCCUCUACUACGACGAUGUGGCCAUCCGUACUGCUCGUGGGUGGGCAAGUGUCCAGCGGACAAAAGAAAACACGAGGCUCGGCACCGCAAGCUCUUCAAGUGUGAUGAGUCUAACUGUACCCGUAAAGAAGGGUUCGGCCACCAUCAACGACCUGGCUCGCCAUAAGAAAUGCGUCCACAACAAGAAGCCUGAGCGGGGGCCCAAAAUGGUGUACAUGUGUUUUGGGAAGCAAUGUUCUCGUCGGGACAAGACGUGGCCGCGCUUGGAUAAUUUUAGGCAACAUCUUACACGAAUGCACGGCGACGAGGACGCAGAUUUAUUACUGAAGAGGUCUAUGGAUUGGUAUGAGUCUGCCGCCGCUUGCUCGGAUACGCAGUCUGUCGAUGUAACCGGCUCACAGGAUGAACCCAUGUUUGACACACCGAAGAAUCUGGCACUGGCUCCAUCCAUACCGAAAAUUCAGCCUGAUUAUGAUUGUAAAAGUGUGGACCUCCUUGAUUGCAGGGAAUGGACCCCAAAACCAAUUGGGGGUACACAGAACUGUACAAACCCAGAGAUAACCCCGGCCCGGGCUUCACCACUCGACAGGGAUAGUGAAGAUAAAAUCAAUCUCAUCAAUGCAGCCCCAGAAGCAUUUUUGGCCGGCGCAGCCGACAAUCUGAUCAGGGCUAUGGCCAGGAUUAUAAGCAGCCGCGCCCUCAAGGAAGCUCAAGAAUCCCAUCAAGGAAUAAAUUUGGAGAACGAUAGCACCCAGAUAUCCAAACUUCAGCGUCAUAUGCUACAGAGUGUGCUGGCAGCAGCGCUGGAAAGGCUCUCGGACGAGCACACCGCUUCGGAUGAUUCGGAGAAAACGCGAGGCUGGUUCCAGUGCGAUACUUGUCCCAAACGCACGCGCCUGCGUUGCGAGAUGAAUCAACCAUCGACAGAAAACAUCAAAAACGCCAUGAACCAGGAUUCUUACAUGCAGCACCUGCGCCAGCAGCAUGGCGUUCCCGAAGCCGGCAUCAGGACCUCGGUGUGCUCAACCCGCCUUGACAUGGCCAGCCAGUCAGAGUUCUGGUGCGGAUUCUGUAACCACGCCAUCUCGCUUCGAAAUGACAGCCAGGCAGCUUGGGAUGAGAGACUUGAUCAUAUUGAUUCGGAGCAUUUCAAGAAAGGGGAGAGGGGCCAGGGUUGGUCUUUUCCAUCCGUCAGUGCGAUCUUUUUGUUAAAUCCAGAUGGUGUUCUGGAUGAGUGCUCUGGUUCACCUGGACCAGGCCGGGAAGAGAACCCGAAGAAGCGCAAGUUGGCAGCCCUGUGA